CCAUAAACAUUUUGAAUCGUUUCAAUGGCAAAAGUGGGAUGGUUAAUACCCCCUUUAGAUGUUUCGUUUUGUCUCGCUUUUUUAUCCCCCGGAGAAAGCGCGUUGUAUGCGAUUUGUCGCCCCUCUGUCGUUCCUCCUCUAACGAUUACUUGGCCAUUUCGAUCGCCUCGUAGACGGGUACACAUGGGUACACCGCCAUGCGGGCAUUCAAAAAAUUAACCGCUCAACGUGACAUGAUUUUUUCGACUGCGGCGUUUUUCUGUGAGUCCCCUCCUUUGAAUUGACGAAUGGUUGGGAAGCGUUGACGCGGCUUGCCAACCAGGUCCACCGCUGCUACAAAGUGUGUGCAAAAUUUUUAACCCAUUUAAAUUAAAAGUGGCUCAAACGAAGUAGGUAUAUACCCAUUUGGGGUGAAAGGGUACACAAAUUGACCCCCCCAUUUAGGGUCCUCUCCAAGCAGGUGUUCCAAAAUGGAUGUCGAAGAGAAACUGCUGAAAUCGUUUAAGGAGGUGAGGAAAACGUUUGCAAAGCGCCAAGGGAGGCAGGAACAAAACGUCAUUUCGGACUUUCCAAAAUGGGAAGACAACUUCUCAUGCGAUGAGUACUCAGUUAAAGAUGUGGUACGUCGUGCAAGAGAGGGGGGAGGAGAAGGAGAAAACGAAACAGGCAAGUAUAAACACGUCUUUAACACCUUUGAAAAUGAUAUUAACUACUACUUAGGUGAAUAUGUAGAAGACAUUAUAUGCUCUUCCGUCGCGGGUCGGAAGGAUGACGGCUUCCCUCGAUGGGAGGAGGAAACGUUGAGGAAGCCGUCGGACGUAAUUUUUCAGCACUUGAUAUGUGGCAGUUUGAUGGGCGAAAAUUUGAGGCGUUACGAAUGCAGCUCGAGGUACUUCGCGCCCACUGCGGUGGAGGACGCGUCCGAGUAA